AUGAAGGCAGUUUCCAUGAUCGUUGGCGCUUUCGCCGCCCUGGCCAUUGCCGCCCCCACCACCUCGGUCGUCGACACCACCCCCAAGGAGCUCGAGACCCGCGCGUUCGCCUUCGACCUCAACGCCUUCAACAACUUUGGUUUCGCCAACCAGGACCUCGCCUACCUCGGUGUCCUGAACCAGAUCCCCUUCCAGACCCUGUACGGCCUGGCCAUCAACAACGGUCUGCAGCUCAACGCCUUCCAGGGCCUGUUUGCUCAACAGGCGCAGUUCGACAUCGUCUCCCUCAUCCAGCUCGCUCAACUGCAGGCUCUCGGCCAGGUUGCCCAGCUUGGCGUCUUCAACGCCUUCAACCUCCAGCAAUUCAACUUCGCCCCGCUCGACCUCGGCCUGCUGCUCCAGAGCUUCAACGGCUUCAACCUCCAGCAGUUCGUCGGUGCCGGCAUUGUUCCCCAGAUCGGCGCCAUUGCCCAGCAACAAGAGUUUCUGAACCUGGGCGGAAGUGGCUCGGGCUUCGAUAUCAACAACAACAACAACAACAACAACAACAACGACAACAACAACGACAACAACAACGACAACAACAACAACGACAACAACAACGCCAACAACAACAACAACAGCGGCGAUGCUGUGACUGCCGAGCAACAGGAAGCCCAGGAGGGCAGCUCCUCACAGUCCAACUAA